AUGGGGAAAAUGGGGAAGAUAAUGGAGGAUUUGAAGCCAGCGUUGAUGAUGGUAAUGGUUCAAGUGGGAUAUGCAGGAGUUAGCAUAUUAUACAAAGUGGUUGCUAAUGAUGAAAGCGCCAGCUUGACCAUUCUCAUGGCUUAUCGUUUCCUCUUUGCUUCUCUUUUUAUGGUUCCCCUUGCUUUCAUCGUCGAAAGGAAGAGCAAACCCAGGAUCACAGGAAAAGUGCUGUUACAAGCAUUUAUGUGUGGAUUAUUUGGGGCGUCACUGCAACAAAAUUUAUUUGUGCAAGCAGUGGAUUUAGCGGGAGCAACAUACGCUACGGCCAUGUACAACCUCGUCCCUGGUGCAACCUUCGUCUUAGCCGUUUGUUUUGGAUUGGAAAGGGUGAAUAUAGGGAAAUUAUCAGGGAAGGCGAAGGUGGCGGGGACAGUAAUGGGAAUAGGUGGGGCCAUGAUGCUGACCUUCUAUAAGAGCACAGAGAUACACUUGUGGUCAACUCACUUGAAUAUUAUGAAACAAAAUGUGGCCCCACAGAAGGUGCCCGCCAAUCAAGUCUGGGGCAUCGCUUUGGCCUUCGGCACUUGCCUCUCCUAUUCCCUUUGGUUGAUUAUUCAGGCAAGGAUGAGUGAGAACUUUCCAUGGGCUUACACAAGUGCAGCAUUGAUGUCAGUAAUGGCAGCAAUACAAUCAGUCAUAUUUGCACUCUUCAUGGAACGAGAUUGGUCUCGUUGGAAGCUUGGUUGGGACACCUUUCUUCUUACUGCUGUUUAUACGGGGAUUGUGGCGUCUGGACUAGCUUGGAUUUUAAUCACAUGUUGUUUGCGCCAAAAAGGUCCACUUUAUGCUUCCAUUUUCAACCCUCUCUUUCUGAUACUAGUCGCCAUUGCUGGCUCUUUCCUCUUGGCUGAAAAGUUGCACCUUGGAAGCCUGAUAGGAUCCAUAUUGAUAAUAAUGGGGCUAUACGCAGUCCUGUGGGGCAAAGGCAAAGAGUUGAAGGAAAAAGUAGCAGAUCAUCAUCAGAAUACUGAAGAAGAAGAAGAAGACUCAGUUGAAUUAGGAGACGCAUUAAAGACAAGUACCACAAAUAAUAACAAUAAUAAUAAUAGUGAUCAUCAAGAUAUUAAUAAAACUAUCAACAUUGAGGAAAAGAUUGUUGAUGAUGAUGAUGAGAAGACGACUUGUAAGAAGCCAGACGGUGGUUUUGCUUCGACUCUGAUUAGUUUCUUCAACUCAAAUCUGAUGUCCAGAAAACAAUAG